UGAUCAUAACAUACCAAACAUCUUAUGGCAUCAUGAACAAUACAACCUGCGCAAUCGAGAAAGUCAAACGCUUUCUGACGUAUGGCGGUGACAGCGAUAUCUCCGAGACACGGUCCAGCGAUUCAGGCCUUGUGCGAAGCCCCGCAGUAAUCAAACCUCACCGGAAAAGACGGAUCAGAGGAACUGCGAAGCGCAUGCGCAGUAAGCUCAGCAAAAGACAAGUGAAUAAACUUGAUGCUGCCUUCAUGGAAAACGACUUCCCGACAACCAUUGCGCGUCACAAGCUCGCCGCCGAGAUCAAAGCUCCCGUCAAACGAAUUAAGUCAUGGCUCAAGCAAAAACGUGCCAAGAACAGAGCCCAGUUAAGAGACCUCGCACCAUCAGCUUCUGAGUCAGCGGCUAUUUCCAUCCACACCGGGAGCUUCUCAUCACAUGACCAUCUUGCAGCCGCUGACCAAUCAUGUCCGUCGCCGUCCAUUCCACAGUUGUCUGACUCCUCCUUAGGCUCCACGCGUAUGUUCUGUUUUCCGUACCCAGGCUCCCCGCGGUACUGCUCCACUCCUCUCUACGAUAGACCAGCCGAGAGUAAGGAGCUUCCCGCUUACAUCUUUGGCGCCGAGUUCGACGAGCACUUCAGACCAAAGACCCCCACUGCCCCACAGAGCAUGCGCAGAGCGUACGGGAUUGACGACGUGAUGUCAUCACGGAUGGGUGAGAUGAAGCGGAUGAUGGAGAUGAUACUGCAACAGAACACACAGAUCCUAGAGAUGCUACAAGACCGCACUGCACCGAGGCUUAGGGGUCAUCGAUUUCUAUAUGUAAUAUUUCAAUACACCCCAUGUAUUAAAAUAUCCGAAAACUGCUUUGUUUUGUUGGUUUUCUGUGUAUUUUUUUUUACUAACGAUAUAUACGUCCGAUCAAUAGUUGUUAUUUUAGCAGUUCUGGGUCCCCAUUCUUCAUCAUGAUCAUUAAUAUUAAGUAACAUUCCUUUUUUUGCUCGAUUUUUUUUUAAAUAAUUAAAACUAUUCUACCGAAGUAACAUCGUAUCUGAGGAGAAAAUAGAGAGAAAAAACUAAAUAAAAAAGUGGACCAUACAUCCAGACGUGAUGCUGAAUCAUCGCAUAACAGCACAAGCUUCCCUAGGCUGCACACUGACGGUUGAUGGUGAUUAAUUAAACCUGGGUGCUUCGCAUCAGUUUGACCAAGCGGCGCGACGGGCGAAAAAGCCGUUAGGGAUUUGCUUAAAAAAAUCAUUCCAAUAUCCCAAAAAAUGAAACGAAAAAAAAAAAUACAUGUUAUCUUAUUGUAAGAUAUACGGUACCGAGAAUGUUCGUUGCGUUUAUAGAUAGAAUUGAUUGCAAACAA